UAAUCCAAAUUCCAAAGAACACCAGUGAGCAAAGCAAUCACAUACGUGUAAAUGACUCUAAGCAAACAAGAAAUAUAACUGAAAUUCCAAUGAAACUUCCCCCUCUUACUUAUGAUCGCUCUCUCCUCCUCAGGUUCAGGUCCCAUUGACCUCCAAAACCAAGAACUCAUCAAGAAGCACCGGUGAGUUAGUCGGCGCACCCUCCUCUUCGCCUCCGGGUAAAUUAAUUGUCGAUCGAUAGGCAUGGCCAAGAUGAAGAGGAAGCCCGUCUUGAUCUGCUGCGGCGUGCUGCUGGCUGUCAUCGUCGUCCUCGGCGCCGUCUUCGUGGCGCUCUACUACACCGUGUUCCGUCCGCGGUCGCCGCGUGUGGUGGCGACGGUGGUGGGCGCGGAGACCUCAGCCUUCAGCAUCCUGCCCCCCGAGCUCAACCUCACCAUGCACGUGGAGGUCACCGUGAACAACCCGAACUACGCGUCGUUCCGGCACGGCGACGUGGCGACGGUGGUGCGGUACCACGGCGCCGCCGUGGGGCAGUCGUCGGUGCCCGCGGGGGACAUCGGGGCGCGCACCACGCAGACGAUCGCGGUCACGGUAGAGGUGGACGCGGUGAAGGUGGUCUUGACGCCCUACUUCCUCGGAGAAGCCAUCGUCGGGGUGCUGCCGUUCGAGACGGCGACGGCGGUGGCCGGCAAGGCCGUGGUGCUGGGCGUGUUCAAGGUCAGCGCGAGCUCGGAGGUGGUAUGCGAGGUCACCGUGUUCCCGCUCAGGAACAACACUACCACGCAGUGCACCUCCACUGUCCAUAUAGGCCGGUAGCUGCUAGUGGUACGAUUCUGCUCCCGCCGAGGCGCUGAGCAGAUAUUGUGCUCUGAGCCCGCGUCUGUUAACGAAUGGACACAUCAAUUGGGUGCAGAACUGCAGAUGAGUUGCGUGCUCUCGGUUUUUAGGGAUAGAAAACUAAGAGUACAUGCUGUGAUGUUCUUUCGGUAAUUACUUUGUUAAUUUGGGUUUGGUAGAUAGAAUGGAUGGGCAUAAUAAUUUUAUCGAUGUUGCUUAAUUUAUGUUGUUUUUCUCUACUAAUAUAAAACAACAGCAUGAUCCUA